UGUUGUUUGAUAGGUUUGUGACCUGCCACGUCAGCUAUGUAGGUAUAGGAGGAGUUAGGGAGGGUAUAAUUGCUGUUACGCAAUUACGUAAGGGGUGUGGCUCUUCCUUGUGACUCUUGUGAGUGCAUGGUUGAGUUCCACCACGCUUUGCAAACCGUCUUUUUCUACUAGACUUGAGUUUUGAUAAUAAAAGAAACUUUAUUCUGCUACUCCGAACCUCGUCUCUGAAUUUCUUUCAAGGAAUUCUACAAACAAAUUGGGGGCUCGUUCCGGGAUCCAAUCUGCGCUGGGACUCUGAGGGGUCCUCCUUAGGUGCACCCCUUUCCUUUUGAAAGGAGGGGAACCACCCAGAGGACUGCGGAGCUCUUGGAAACCCGUAAAAUUUCAAUCAAGACGAGUAUUAGGAGAAGGGUGAAUAAAGUGCGGAACAGCCUGAAGACAGACUGGGUAACAUCUGGGCGCAGACCCUGAAAAACUGGCUAUUUGAUACAAACCCCUCCUCUAAGCUUCAAAGUCCAUUCCAUAGGAGUGGGAGACCAAGUGUGGAUAAAGACGUGGAAAGACGAUUCCCUCAAGCCGAAAUGGGAUGGACCGUUCUUGGUGUUGUUGACCACAGAUACUGCCAUUCGGACACAAGAAAAGGGUUGGACUCACUAUACCCGAGUAAAGAAGGCUAAUCUUGAGGAGUCGGAAACAUGGAAAGCCUUUCAAAAAGAACCAUUGAGACUGGUAUUAAAAAAACAAUGACUUAUAUCCUUUUGAAUAUAACAAUAGUGGCGAUUGGGGGAGAAUUAUGGAUUGAACCGCCUAGGAUCUUUGAACCUGAUGAAACUUGGACACAAAUUCGGUGUUAUAAUGACAAAGAGAGUGAGUAUUGUCCCAUGAAUUGGAUCUUUGAACCCAAAUUUUGGUGGUAUGAAUCUAAGUUACAACCAAACUGGCAACAAGUAGGUCAGGAGGAAAGUUGGAUAGUGGUAACACAAAAGAAAGGGGGUUAGUGUCAAACUAUAUUUACAAGUAACCCGAGAGACUAUAGGAAGAUAUACCUGUACCAUGUGGGAGGGGAAGACCUAUUUGACCAGUCGCUCUUUAGUGGCCUCCCCAGACUCUUUCGAGUUUCCUCCUAUUCCCUCGUGGAUAUUGACGGCUUCGGCUAUUAGGAGACGCUCCCUGCGAAGAGGAAAGAGAGCAAUUAGUAUGAUCAUCUGUCUGAAAGGUGGGGGGGCACCAAAAAGGGGAGUUUCAAUACUGGAAAACAACCCAAUAUGGAUGUAAUCUGACUCUGGAAGUAACACCAAGGCAAACUCAGAGAGAUCCAGCUUGGUCUUGUACGGAUCAAAGUGGAGAGUGGAUGAGUGGAAUCACCCAGAUGUGUGAAAACGCAACCAUGGGAGACCCGAGGUGUUGUGGUUCAGUGGUUGUGGCACGAAAGGGGAAAGCACUGAUAAUCUCCACUUUCUAUGUAAUAAUACUAGGAGUCAGUAUUUACAACCCGGAUGGGAAGGGUUGUGUGAAGUAUUAUGGGAAGAACCUGUUCAGACUCAUCAGCCUGUCCAUCCCUUAUCCCCUCCCAUUAGGAAGAUAAGAGCUACUGCUACUACAAAACAGGCCACAACGAAGUUCGGACCCUGCCAAGAGUGCAAAGAAUGUAUCAAAAAGACUAAGCAAGGAAAUAGGGUUACUAGUACCUUAUUAUAUCAUACCCUAAAACCAGAGUGUAAUGCUACUAAAGUGCAACCUUGUGUGUGUAAUCAAACCCAAUAUUUUAGGUGUUAUACAGCCCAAGGGAUACAGUGUUAUGAACCAAAAGCAGUAGGCCCAAUCACUACUGCUAACAUUUAUGUAUAUGGAUAUAAAGGGGGAGUUACCGGAACAGAAGGGUUAUUUGCUAUAGCUCAAACUAAGGGAGGAUACGUUGCCCACAAUACCACAAGAGGAAAUACCAAGCUGUCUGUGUGCUUUGACACUUGUAAAGCUAUAAGAAUAGGACAAGGACAUGAUGAUAGAUAUGGAGUAAAAUGUGGUAACUUUGAAUGGGAAAAAAGUUACAUGAGGGAACAAACAUAUCUAUUUCAGGUUGUAACGCCCACCGCGAGUACAGGCCAGGUGGCUUUUGCUCCAAGCCAUACUUAUUGGUAUACCACCAAAAACCCUUGGGGAUGAAGGGACCCCAGGGGUUCAACUUGUCUAUGGCCUCAGUAUCAACAGAUUGUAAGUCAGAACAGUGUACACAGAUUUGCUUACAAACCAAGGUAUCUGAAACCCCCUCUACUAGUUUUUAUUAUUUUGGUAUUGGUAUAAAUGGGGAAGGAAGAGACCCAUAUGGAUAUAUUAUAGUAAAGGUGAGUUCAACAAAGUUAACUUCAGACCCAGUAAAAGUAUAUUGGGAAUAUCAGGAAGAGAUCGCAAAAUUUAAUAGUCUCCCAGUUCCACCAAAGGCUAAAAAUAUGUUUUAUCGCUUUAGCCCAAGAGGUUGCACAGAAGCUAAUGCUGAAAAAUAGCUUCGUGUGUGGGGGAACCAAUAUGGGAGAUGAAUGGCCAUGGCAUGCUAGAGAAGCUAAUUAUACUGAAAUUGAGAAAUGGAGAGGAAAUUUCACUUAUCAGGACACUUAUAAUGAAACUUGGAGGAUGUCCAUUAACCUGGUAGGCAAUAUAUGUUACUCGAGGAGCAACCAUAGUGGGAGAACUAAACCUAUGGGGUUCAUGCGCUGUCUGAACACCUGGGAAAACAAUACUUGGAUAUCACAAACGAAUCAAAGUGUCCCUAACAACUCCUUAUCUUUAAUUCUCGAGCUUGCCUUCCUGAAAGAUCCUGAAAACGAUACCCUCCCCUGGACUACUCCUGAUGGGUUAUAUUGGAUUUGUGGAGCAUUUGCAUAUAAUAUUCUUCCUGCUGGGUGGUUUGGGUCUUGUAUUUUGGGUGCUAUACAACCCUCUUUCUUCCUCCUGCCCUUACAAAGAAGACAAUUAUUGGGUGUCCCUGCCUAUGAACAUGUGGGAAACCUGGUAAAGCGAUCUGUGGCUAAAGUGGGAGAAGGGUUAAAAAUUGGGAGUUGGAAGGAUGAUGAAUGGCCACCCGAGCGAAUAAUUGCUUAUUACGAUCCAGCUACUUGGGCCCAAGAUGGGAGUUGGGGGUAUAGAACCCCAAUUUAUAUGUUAAACAGGAUUAUCCGAUUACAAGCAGUAGUAGAAAUUAUAACCAACAGAACGGCUGCCGCUUUAACUAAGUUGGCCAAAGAAAGUGUUUUGUCUAGAACAUAUAUUAUGCAAAAUCAAUUGGCUUUAGAUUAUUUAUUGGCCAAGGAAGGGGGUGUCUGUGGAAAAUUUAAUUUAACUAAUUGCUGUAUACAAAUUGAUGAUUCAGGCAUGGUAAUUAACCAGAUAACGAGAGAUAUGGUUAGAAUUGCACAUGUGCCUGUACAAACCUGGACACAGAUAUUGGAUGAUGAAGGAUUCCUAGGAGGAAUAUUUAAAAAUUGGAAACAGGCCCUGUUUAUGGUGUGUAUCAUAUUCAUUGGUAUAAUGAUGUUGCCUUGCCCGAUCCCAGUAAUAAAGAACCUAGUGAACAGUUCAGUCCACGGUAUAUUACAAGCCCAACAGAAUGCUAAGUCUAUAAUGGUAUUAAAAGAAAUUGGGGAUCAAAUCCAAUUGUUGGAAAGUAUGGAUACCUUACAUCCAAUGAAAACUACCAAGGAAGAAACUAUUAGGUUAAAUGAAAUAAAAGAAAAUAUUAAACAAAUGACCAAAUAAGGAAUGGGGGAAUUGAAUGGGAAAGUUCCAGAAAGUUUAAAAUUUUCUUAUUCAACAGCAGGCUCACUGAGCAUGUGCAAGAAACAUGAGUACGUGCUUGAAACUAAGCAGAGAACACCUACCUCAGGUGAACCAAGGAUAUCCAUAUAUGGUAAAGUUAGGACUAUUUUGUCGUUUGAUAGGUUUGUGACCUGCCACGUCAGGUAUAGCUGACGUAGGUAUAGGAGGAGUUAGGGAGGGUAUAAUUGCUGUUACGCUUCUGUAAGGGGUGUGGCUCUUCCUUGUGACUCUUGUGAGUGCAUGGUUGAGUUCCACCACGCUUUGCAAACCGUCUUUUUCUACUAAACUUGAUUUUUGAUAAUAAAAGAAACUUUAUUCUUCUACUCCGAA